UUCAAACAGAGCAGAGAGUCUGAGAGUCGAAGAGAAGAAGUCGAGCUUUGGACAAACUGCUGAACCAAACUCCAACCAGAACUGUUGUGUUCUGGGAAAUAAAACAGACAGAAAGAGGCCGAGUCAUUGUGGAUCACCUUCAGGGGGAAUAUUUUGAAACACAGCUGUUUUAUUUUCUUCCUCGUCUUCCUCCUCCUCUCACAUCUCGAUGCUUUGCUUUGGGAUUUGUGCUCCAAAUCCAUCCGACUCAACUCUCCACCUGAAACACUCUGACUUCCUGUCCAGAACUUUGCCGCUCCGCCAGAAUUUCACUCGGACAAAAAGUUGACUCUGGAAUGAAUUUAGCAGAAGCCAGCCUGUCCAGAGAGACUCUCCUGGCCUGGACGUCCAGGACGCCAAGUCCUGACUUUGAUCCGGAGAUGGGCUUUGAGCAGAACCUCUCCGGAGACUGCAGCUCUCCUGACGACACGAGGAGAUCAGAAGUGAGGGUUUCUCUGACUCCCAGCUCAGGGAGACAGAGUCCGGAUCCGACCCAGGCAGGAGGCGUGUCGGUGGGCUCAGAUGGGAAACCUUCGGGGGCUGAGCAGAGGAUCCGCCGGCCCAUGAACGCCUUCAUGGUCUGGGCUAAAGACGAGAGGAAGCGCCUGGCCCUGCAGAACCCCGACCUGCACAACGCCGUGCUCAGCAAGAUGCUCGGUCAGUCCUGGAAGGCCCUGAGCUCCACCGACAAGCGUCCGUUUGUGGAAGAAGCUGAACGCCUCCGUGUCCAACACCUCCAGGACCAUCCCAACUACAAAUACAGGCCUCGCCGCAAAAAGACCACCAAGAAACUGAAGCGGGUCGAACCGGGGCUCCUGCUGCACAGCUUGUCCCAGGGCAGUGCACCGUGCCUGGGGUUAGGACCUUCCAUCAACCCCCUGGGAGGAGAAAGCAUCUCUGGAGGUUCUCCUUAUCCAGGCAUCCACCACCACCAUCCCCACCACCUGCUGCCGUCUCUGGGGCACUUCAGGGACCUCCAGGCCCCGGGACCCCCAGACUUGGAGACAUAUGGCCUGCCUACUCCGGAGAUGUCUCCUCUGGAUGUUCUGGAAGAUGGAGCCGGGGAGUCGGUGUUCUUCCCCCAACAUAUGCCAGAGGAGGCUGGGAUGGGAGGUUGGAGCGGUGGGUACCACCACCAGCAGCUCCACCAUCACAACCAGCACCACGGCCACCAGUACGCCAACCACAGUCCCAGUUUAGAUAUGACUUCCAGCCCAAGUCCUGGUAGGAGCUCCAGACUUGAGUCUCGAAUCGUCGCCUUAAGGAGUCCUGUAAAGUCCUUCCAUGACUCGUACCCUCAGCCCCCCUUCAGCCACCCUGAGCCAAUAAAACCCCACCAGAACUCUUCUCCCGUCGCCUACUUCAACCAAACGUACGCCGGCGGCUGCUCGAACUCCAACCACUUCACUCCGUCUCAUGUGGGGCAGCUUUCGCCUCCUCCUGAAGCUUCUCCGUCAUCCUCUGUUCCGCCUCCAUCCACCUUCCUUCCUUCUGGGCACUUGGACCAAUCGACUCCCCAAACCUCUGGACAUUUGGGGUCUUCUGCUGCUGAAUUCUGGUCUGAAGUGGACCGACAUGAACUUGACCAGUACGUGAACGUCGGCAGGAAUCGAGAGGACGUCUACGGACCGGACAGAGGAUCCAAAGUCCUCAGUAGCAGCGCCAUUAGCAGGGACGUUGCUGAUAUUAUGGGUGGGUGUGAUGAUGGCAGCAGCCCUCUUAUAUCAGCGCUUUCAGACGCCAGCAGUGCCGUUUAUUACAGUGCCUGUAUCUCUGGAUAAACUCUCUGUGAUUUAUGGUGUUUGUGUUGGUUUUGGCUCAUAUUUUUGGUCAUUUCUUGCCUAUGUCUUUAUGAUUACAAGCCCAAAUUGAAAAGAUUUUCUAAAUGCUGAAGAGAAAGAAAAUGCAGAUGGGGAAUCUCAUGAGAGAAAAAAUGUGCAAACUGGAAAAAAAUAGACUUUUGUCUAAUAAAUAGAAAUUGUCAUUUCUUGUUUUUUUUCCAUUAACAAACACAGAGUUGACUCAAACUGGUUUCCUUUGCAGCUACAGGCCGUUGUGGCUUCUUUAAACUUGGGAACUUAGUUAUACUAACCCACAACCAUAGGUAACAUCUCAUUCACAUGGUUAUUUUUUAGGAUUAAUGGGUUGUCUCUGUUAGAUUAUUACUAUUUUUUAGGCAGAAAUGUGUACAACAGGGUUUCCAUUUUGCUGCAAAAUUACCCACCCUGAAGAGAAAACUUCAUUUCAGCUGCAGCAUUGUUGAUCCAAUUCAAUCCUAAAACCAAUAUGAUAUUUGAUUUUUUUUCUUUCAUUCUCAAACAAACAUGACCGUUCAAAAGUUUGGGGUCACUUAGAAAUGUCCUUAUUUUUGAAAGAAAGCUGUUUUUUUUCCAAUGAAGAUAACAUGAAAUGAAUGAUAAAUCCAGUGUAGACAUAGUUAAUGUGGUAAAUGACUAUUGUAGCUGGAAACAGCUGAUUUUUAAUGGAAUAUCUCCAUAGGGGUACAGAGGAACAUUUCCAGCAACCAUCACUCCUGUGUUCUAAUGCUACAUUGUGUUAGCUAAUGGUGUUGAAAGGCUCAUUGAUGAUUAGAAAACCCUUGUGCAGUUAUGUUAGUACAUGGAUAAAAGUGGGAGUUUUCAUGGAAAACAUGGAAUUGUCUGGUUGACCCCAAACUUUUGAACAGUGGUGUAAUGUAUGGAAACUGGAAGGAAACUUUAGAGAAUGUUGCUACAAAAAUAUUUUCUCGGCCUUUGAUUAGGUUGGAGUUAAUUCUGCAGGAUACUAGACUGAGGUGUUAGCAUGACUAGCACUAAAAAACGGCAGUAUUUAUCAAAAGUUGGAUGCAUUAAUGGCACAGAAACAUCAUGAUUCAGGAUGCAGGACAUCAGCAAGUGUUUGCCUGCAUUAAAGUACUUUUUAGCAGGAUGCUAACCUCCUAUCUGUUCAUCUUGUGUAUUUCAGCACUCUGGUGACAGAUUUAAUCUUGUUUCAUCUCAGAACCAGACAAAUAAUCAUCUAGUGAACUUCAUGAAGUUUAAAUGUCUCCACAUAUAUUCCAGCCUUCACCACAAACCCGGAACAAACCACUGAUAUCUCCCACAAACUAUCAGGAUGGUUUACAAGCCGACUCCAGUUUAUUCUGACCGUGAUAGAUGCCAUGACAGGACCCUCGUGUUGAACUCCACACCACAGUCUGCAGGUUUUAAGCUGCUUUCCUUCCUCCUAAACACCAAUAUGCAGAUAAUUCAAAGAUUAUUCUUUUAAAACCAGCAUCACUUCUUAUUUUUUUUGCUCACUUUAAUUGUUUAAAGUGGAACAAAAUAGCUUUACAAACAACAUUUCUAAAGGUUAAGUGCUUUCGAUACAAUUCUUGCAAGUACAAUUGUGAAAAUAUGUUAAUUUAUAUGUAAAAGGUCGUCAUUUUUAUGGUCAAAUUCAUGGAAAGCAGCCUCAAACUACCAGAUAGUGGUUAGCAGUUAUUAAUUAAUAACUGUUUACAUGCUUGGUGUUGUGGUUUUUGGAAAAAGUUGUUUUGAUAUUUACUGAAGGAGAAAGUGAGACAUGAAAUGUUCUCUUUGCACUGGGGAGGAACACUACUUAUUCAAAAAGAAAUGGCCAAAUUUAAUAUGUUUUAUACACAAUUGAUUGUGUACAUGUUAUUUUAUAGAAUCUUUUUUUUUUUUUUUAAAGGAAAAUUAUUUAGGAAGAGACAAUUAGCUUAGCUUAGCAUAAGGACAGGAAUCAUGUUAGACAGUUAACCCACCUCUAGUACAUAUAAUUGACAUUUAAUUUCAUGCUUCAGCAAACAGAAAUGUAGAAAUUGUUAUUUUAAAUGGAGUGUGUGGUGCAAUCACUGCUCCACAAACCACAAAUUGUCUGUUUUUGCUUUUCUGCUUCUCUAGAUUGAACUAUUUGGAGUUUUUCACCUCCUGACCCAUCAUCAUAUUUAAAUUAAAGGUCUAAAAGAGUUAAACUAUUCCUUUAGAUAAUAUAAACGUUUUGCUGCAGUGCGUUUUUUUUUUGCAGUUAAUCCAAAACGUCUUAUGAAUUUGCCUUUAAAAAUGAAUCUAUGAUUGUAAAAAUCUCUGUUUUCUGUCAGACUCACAGCUAAACGGACAACUUUCCCCUCCAACGCCAAAGCUGGAAAUUUAAAUGAAAAAUUUGUGGUUUUGUUUGUGCUGAGAAGUCAACAAGCUGCAGCCACCGUCGAACCUCCUUGUGUGUUUAUGUAGCUUCCAUCCCGUAAUAGUUUAGUUUACAGUGAAGGCAAAAACCCAGAAGUGUCCCUUCGAAGAUUUACUCUGCAUCUGGUCUUCAUUAGCGCUAAAGACAAAGCUUUUCCUCCCUGUUUUCUUUUUCUCUCUACAUGAAACAAUAGAACAAAAUAGCGCAUCUUGUCCAGUGGAAGUGCUUCUAUUUACCACACAACGGUAGAUUUUUCCAAUAAUUCCUCUGGAGGACGGAGCAGUAUUUAAAAAAUGCUCCUACAUCUGCAUUUGACAUUCUUCUGUGUUGACACCAGACUCUUGUUUCCAUUUUAAAUUACUGUGACGCACUCAAACAUCAGAGAGACAGCAGGCAUUUAGUUUUUUUGUUGUUGUUUUUUUCUUUCUUUGGAGUCGUGCAAUAACUCUGGGGCUUUUGGUAAUAAUUAUCUGAAGAAGAAAAAAAGAAACACCCAAAACUCUGGGAUUAAAACAAAGCAUGGUUUCUUGGCGCUCGUAUAAAUUAAAAGCAGGAUUUUCCCAGAAGUGUUGCUGUGAUGCUUUUAAAUGUGCCUGACAGGGAUUAUUUUUACUUUUUAAAUGUAGAAAAUGCUUGUAUAUUUGGAAAAAAUGUGUCUGUAAAUGGAUCUGUUCAAUUUUAUAUGAUAAUUUUACAAAAUAAACACAUUUCUUCUCACAGUC